GUUACCGUAGUUGUUGCAGCUUCUCCUUGGGUUCGUGAAGAGCGACCGCAUGGUCAGGAAGCCUCUGCAAUUCACCUCUGCUGCACGAACAAGUUUGUCCGAGCACUUUUGCGAAGCACAACAUGGGGAAGAAACAAACCCCCAAAACUCGGAAGGAUUCGCCAGAGAAACCUGAGCCACCUGAAGAGUUUGUUGUGGAAAAGGUGCUGGACCAGCGUAUUGUAAAUGGGAAAGUGGAAUUCUUCCUCAAGUGGAAAGGAUUUACUGAUGCGGAUAACACCUGGGAGCCGGAGGAGAACUUGGACUGUCCCGAGUUGAUCUCUGCAUUUCUGGAGUCGCAGAGAAAUGUCCAUGAGAAACCUGUGAAGAUGAAUCCACAAACGAAUGAGCCAGAAACCCCUCAGGGUCCCAAAGGCUUUGCCAGGAACCUUGUUCCUGAAAAGAUCAUCGGGGCCACAAAAAGCAGCGGGCGCCUGAUGUUCCUGAUGAAGUGGAAAGGGUCGGAUGAAGCCGAUUUGGUCCUGUCAGACGAGGCCAACACCCGCUGCCCGCAGGUGGUCAUCUCUUUUUAUGAGGAGCGGCUGACUUGGCAUUCUUCCAAAGGAGAUGAGAGCCCGUAAUACUUUGGUACCACUGUAACCACACCUGUCCAAAACUUGGGAGGAGAAGGCCGUUUGUUUUUGCACUCUUGAUUCAGGGAGGCUCCAGAUUUUAGUGGUGACAGCGGUCGUCAUGGAAACCCGUAGAAUGUCUGGAGUAAGUCUGCGUGUUCACUGCUUUUAUAGUUACCUGUCGGUAAUUUUAGGGAAUACUAACCCCCUGCUGUAGUUCACAGACCCUGUCAGCGGUUAGUUUAGUGCGUAAACCCGAGUGGAACGCAACCAUUCCCAGCUUGAUAACAUUUUGAGAGGAAAAUGUGUGUUAGCAGUGAAUAUCGGAUAAUAUUCCUUUGACUGUUUAAGUUUGGCCUCCUGUUUAAGGAGAUUUCUUUUGUCUUGUGUUGCAGAAUGACAACUAGUGGAACAUUUAUUUGCUUUUAUUUAGACUUUUUUUUUAUAUUAAAGAAUGAAAUGAAAUGAAA